CACAUGCAGCAGUGUGUCGGUAAGCUCCGCGGACACAUUCACUGAAACACAACUAGCACUGGAACAACAUUUAAAAGCAACUUCGGUUUACUCUAAAGCUUCAAGUUACUCGUAGGAAUCAAUACCGAAAAGCAGUGUUCCCGAGUGGAGCCUUUUAUCCAGUUUUUCCUUUUUUUCCUGGAGAUGUGUCGCUUGGAGAACUAGUAGCGGACAGCGCUGCACACUGAAGCCGGGAUGAGUGGGAGCUCCGCGGUGUCCGGCGCGGCGCCCUGCCGCUUCGCCCACUACUUUGUUAUCUGUGGGAUAGACACAGAAACUGGACUGGAACCGGACGAAUUAGCAGCUUUGUACCAAUGGCUUGAAGCAGACCGCCAAGGCAGGGAUCCAGAAACUGCAGCCACAGGUGAAAACUUUGAGCAGAGCCCCUUGAAGAGGACGUUCAAGUCCAAAGUUCUGGCACGCUACCCUGAGAAUGUGGAGUGGAACCCCUUCGACCAGGAUGCUGUUAACAUGCUGUGUAUGCCUAAAGGCCUGUCGUUCAGGACACAGGCAGACCAGCGGGAUCCACAGUUCCACUCCUUCAUCAUCACCAAGGAGGACGGCUCUCGAACCUACGGCUUCGUCCACACCUUCUUCGAGGAGGUGACCAGCCCACAGAUCUGCUCUGCCAUGCAGACCCUCUACCAGAUGCACAAUGCAGAGAGUGCCACUGCCAACACCCCUCCCUCCUCUUCCUCCUCCUCUUCCUCCAGCAUGGACUCCUUGGCCAGCAGUUUAGACGAGGCCGACUCCCCUACAUCCUCAUCUUCCUCGUCUUCGACUCGCAGGGUAGGUGGCUAUGACUCAUCACGGGACACCCUCUACGUGUCCAAGGCCUUGUGUCUGAUCACGCCCAUGCCCUUCAUGCAUGCCUGCCGCAGCUUCUUGUCACAGCUGCACAGGGCUGUUACUGCAGCCAUGGCCCCUCCGCUGCCACUGGAGAGCUAUGUUCACAACAUCUUGUACGAGGUACCGCUUCCCGCUCCAGGACGCUCGCUCAAGUUCCAUGGUGUAUAUGAGCCUAUCGUGUGCCAGAGGCCCGGGCUAGGGGAGCUGCAGCUGGCUGACUUCCCCCUCGCCGAGGCCUUCAGUCUGCUGGGAGUGGAGAACCUGGUCCAAGUGUUCACCUGCACCCUGCUGGAGAUGCAGAUCCUGCUGUACUCACAGGACUACCAGCGGUUGAUGACAGUGGCUGAGGGCAUCACCACCCUGCUGUUUCCCUUCCAGUGGCAGCAUGUCUAUGUUCCCAUCCUGCCAGCCUCUCUCCUCCACUUCCUGGACGCUCCUGUUCCCUACCUGAUGGGCCUGCAGUCCAAAGAGGGCACAGACCGCUCCAAACUGGAGCUUCCUCAGGAGGCCAAUCUGUGUUUUGUGGACAUUGACAACCACUACAUCGAGCUUCCAGAGGAUUUCCCCCAGUUUCCCAAUAAGAGCGAGUUCAUCCAGGAGCUCAGCGAGGUGCUGCUUAGCUUUGGCAUUUCUGCCAACACAGGGGCCCCACCACGGACCCGCACAACUCCUGGCAGUGCUCCCGGCAGCGCUCCCGGCAGCGCUCCCAGCAGCACCCCCUCCACCCCUGGCAGGGAGCGUAAGACUGUUGCUCUCCGGCAGCUGGAGGAUGAUGGGCGUAACGGCAACCUUGCAGGGGAGGAGCUGGCUGUGCUGGAGCUGCUGCAGGGAAAUGCCACACUGGAAAGACUACAGGCCCUGACCAAGCGCACUGGGGUGACAGUGGCCCGCGUGGACGCCCUGAGGGCUGGAGUCAAAGCUCAGGGAACUGAGGGGCAAGGGGGCCGGACUGCAGCCGAAGAGGAGGAGCUAAGGAACGCCAAGCUGAAUGUCCAGCUAAGGGAGGUGUUUGCCAGCCGCUUCACUACCAUGUUUGCAGACUACGAAGCCUUUGUCAUCCAGAGCGCCCCAGACCUGGAGUCCUGGCUCACCAACAGGGAGCAGAUGCACAACUUUGACAAGGCCUCAUUCCUGUCAGACCAGCCGGAGCCCUACCUGCCCUUCCUCUCCCACUUCAUCGAGACACAGAUGUUUGCCACAUUCAUCGACAACAAGAUCAUGUCCCAGUGGGAGGAGAAGGAGCCACUGCUCCGUGUCUUUGAUGCUCGCAUCGACAAGGCCCGCCUCUACAAUGUCCGUGCUCCCAGCCUCCGAUCCUCCAGCUACCAGAGAUGCUCCAUCCUCAAGGAGUCUGCUCAGGCCAUUGAGCAGCGGCUGAUGAAGAUCGACCACACCGCCAUCCACCCACACCUGUUGGACAUGAAGAUCGGUCAGGGCAAAUAUGAGCAGGGAUUUUUCCCCAAAUUGCAAGCCGAUGUGCUCAACACGGGGCCGACCAAUAACAAGUGGUCUCACAGGACGGUGACAGCUCAGCGAAGGAAAGACCGUCACAGACAACAGACGGAGCAUCUGGGCCUCGACAACGACCUGAAAGAGAAAUACAUGCAGGAGGCCCGCAGCCUGGGGAAGAACCUGCGACAGCCUAAACUGUCUGAUCUGUCUCCUGCCGUCAUCGCCCAGACCAACUGGAAGUUUGUGGAGGGGCUGCUCAAGGAGUGUCGCAUGAAGACCAAACGUAUGCUGGUGGAGAAGAUGGGCCGGGAGGCAGUGGAGCUGGGCCACGGUGAGGCCAACAUCACCGGACUGGAGGAGAACACUCUGAUCGCCAGCCUAUGUGACCUGCUGGAGAGGAUCUGGAGCCACGGGCUGCAGGUCAAACAGGGAAAGUCGGCCCUGUGGUCCCACCUGCUGCACUACCAGGCCCGAGAGGAGAAGCUGGAGCAGCAGCAGGCUGAGUCACCUGUGUCACAUGUCCCUGAGAGGAGGAAGUCUGACUCUUCCAUAGCGAUGCCGUCUCUACGUGUGUCUCUCAUACAGGAUAUGAGGCAUAUCCAGAGCAUGUCAGAGAUAAAGACAGAUGUGGGACGAGCAAGAGCCUGGAUCCGUCUGUCCCUGGAGAAGAAGCUGCUCUCCCAACACCUCAAACAGCUGCUGUCCCGGCAAGCCUUAACCAAGAAGCUGUACAAACGUUACGCCUUCCUGCGCUGUGAGGAGGAGAAGGAGCAGUUCCUCUUCCACCUGCUUUCCCUCAACGCUGUCGACUACUUCUGUUUCACCAGCGUCUUCACCACCAUCAUGAUCCCGUAUCGAGUCGUCAUCAUCCCCAUCAAGAAACUGAGCAACGCCAUGACCACCUCCAACCCCUGGGUGUGUGUGUCAGGAGAGCUGGGAGACUCGGGCAUCAUGCAGAUCCCAAAGAAUGUCCUGGAGAUGACCUUUGAUUCUGCUUUCAGGCCUCACACACACAUCUGCGCCUUGUUCAAGUGUCAGAACUUGGGGAAGCUGACCACUGCGCAGCUGGGUCACGAUAACGCUGGCCUUCUGGCUAAAUGGCUGGUGGACUGUGUCAUGGUGCGCAAUGAGAUCACAGGACAUACCUACAGGUUUCCAUGUGGUCGGUGGCUUGGUAAGGGCGUGGAUGAUGGCAGCUUGGAGAGGGUCCUGAUCGGUGAGCUGGUGGUGCCUAACGGAGAAGACGAUUCUGGGAGAGGGUGCCGUACACCCCCCCUGCAGCGCUCGCCAUCCCAGACCAGACGCAUCAGCAUCACAUCACUGUCUGGACGAGGAUACAAACCAACAUCAGCACAAAUCCAAGAGGCCAUCGGGGAGGCUGUGAACAACAUCGUCAAACACUUCCACAAGCCAGAGAAAGAGAGAGGCAGCCUGACCGUCCUGCUGUGUGGAGAGAACAGCUUGGUGACAGCUCUGGAACAGUUCUUCCAUCACGGCUUCAAGUCUGCCCGACUCUUCCAGAAGACGAUGUUUGUGUGGGACUUUGUUGAGAAGGCUGUUGCCUACAUGGAGUCAGCUGACCAGAUGGGAGACCUUCAGGAGACCGCCGAGCCCCUGGGGAUGACCUGUCAAUCACUCUGUCACUACGUCAAUGCUAUCAACUCCACCCCCAGGAACAUUGGCAAGGAUGGGAAGUUCCAGCUGCUGGUCUGCCUUGGAGCCAGAGACCGGCUGCUGCCCCAGUGGCUCCCCCUGCUGGUGGAGUGCCCGGUGAUCCUGAGGAUGUAUGAGGACACAGCUUUGCUCAGAGACCGCACCACUGUCAACGCCCUCAUCGGAGUCCUGGAGACGCUCCAUGACUUCCCCAUCACACUGGAAGCCUCGCUGGUCAAAGGCGUCGACCUUUAGCCCCAAGAGACACCACUGGGCUGCAACUCAGCUCUACAUUUUCCUCUAACACUUCUCCUCACUACCAACAACUUCACCCACCCUUCCACUUUUAGCCUCUGGGAUUAGACACAUGACAAGGGAAGGAGAAAGUGAGGGACAAGAAAUGAAAACUGAAGAGACAUUUGGUUACCAAAGCAAAAAGUUCCACUGCUUCCUGUGAGAGUUCAGGGCUUUGGAUGAGCCAUAAGCUUGGAUGCAGUAUUAUUACCCCGCCUGUGGCUCUGAAAGACCCUCUCUAAUUAAAUUAUAAGCAGUGCUUAAUCAUGUUUUAUUUCAUAAACUACAAAUCCCAAUUACCUUACAUUAGUGUGUAGAAUUUUCCAGAACAAACUGUGUGUUUAAGGUUGAUUUGCUAUCUUCCAGGCAGCCAUUCGUGACACCUUUUUUCAUUACACCAAAAAUCUUGAAGCAACGUAAAGCUUACUGUAAUCCAUCAGAGUAUUUCAUAUUUUUCCUACUGUCAAGCCCUAUAGUCCUGCUGAAGCAUUGUCGCCUCACAGCAAGAGGGUUCCCGGUUCGAUCCCGGGUGUGGGAGCCCCUCUGUGCGGAGUUUGCAUGUUCUCCCCAUGUCAGAGUGGGUUCUCUCCGGCC